GAGACCGGUGUUGACAUAAAAUUAUUCUGAAUUUGUCUGCAAAAUGAUUCGUUUUGUUUUGAUUCAAAAUAGAGCUGGGAAAACUCGUUUGGCAAAAUGGUACAUGCAUUUUGAUGAUGAUGAGAAACAGAAGCUCAUUGAAGAAGUCCACGCUGUCGUCACUGUGCGAGAUGCUAAACACACUAACUUUGUUGAGUUCCGUAAUUUUAAAAUAGUCUACAGAAGAUAUGCUGGUUUAUAUUUCUGUAUUUGUGUGGAUGUCAAUGACAACAAUUUAGCUUAUCUAGAGGCAAUUCACAACUUUGUGGAAGUUUUGAAUGAAUUUUUCCAUAAUGUUUGUGAAUUGGAUCUAGUUUUCAACUUUUACAAGGUAUAUAGUGUUGUAGAUGAAAUGUUUUUAGCUGGUGAAAUAAGAGAGACUAGCCAAACUAAAGUAUUAAAACAAUUAUUAAUGUUAUCAUCAUUAGAGUAGUUUGUAUAUAAGCUAUUGGAGCAGUGGUUAUUGUGUUAUUAUGUUGGGACAAUAUUGAAAGCUGCAGUCAAACAUCUUGUGAAAGACAUGCUUUGAACAUCAGUGGGAUAGAGCUUAGGAUUGCCCACAAUCUGACAGGUCUUUAACCAACCUUUGGACUCUAUUAGGCCAUGAUUCAUCUGAACACAAAGAAGAAUUUGAUCUACAUGGAUGAUGAAAGAGCACUCUUAAGAUCAUAGAAAUAACUUUUGUGGUAAUUUGUUGCCAAAUAGUUUAUAAAAUCUGAUUUAAAGAAUACACAAAAUUCGCUUCUGAAAUUUGCCUUGCAGAAUACAAAAUUUCAAAUGAAAAAUAUGUUGUGGUGGUAAAAUGAAUUGUACUAAUUAAUAGCCCGCCCCUAGAUAUUACUUGAGAUUGUUAUUGAACCCUUACAUGUGUAUCACUUAUUUAUCUUGUAUUUUCACUCCUAGUACAUGAACAAUAUUAUUAGUUUCAGGUAGAUAGAUAAAACAUUUGUAUUUAAUAAAAGGUCAAUGGCAACUGUAGUGUAGAUGGAUAUGUAUAUUGGUGAAUUUGUUAGUCUGAUUUUAUUCAUUAUCAAUUAUCAUUCCAUUAGAUGUCUGCAAACCUAGUUUCAUUUAAUCUUUAUCAUUUAUUGCAUAUUAUUGAUAUGUUUACAAAAAAUGAAACUAAUGAUCUAAGUGAGAUAACUCAGAGAACCAGGCUAUGUAUUCUCGAAACGAUCUUCGCUAGGCCCAAUCCUAGGCACUCGGGGCCUUUCUGUCCUAGAUUAGGAGGUCUUAGCUUAAAACCGUUUUUGAGAGUAGGAUAGGAUAAGGUCCUAUGUUUUAAGACAGUUUCUAGGACAUCCUAGUGCUAAGAUCGUUUUGAGGGGCCAGUGGUUUAUUUCACCAAAUUUUAACUUGAUAUUAUCAAGAAAUAAAGCAAUCUAGCUGAUUUCAUAAACUGAAUUUGAAAUCAAUUGCUAAACAGGUCAACAAUGCCUUAAUAUUACUUCAAAUAAAAUGUUCACAAAUGAUAUAUUUGAAAAUCAUGUUAAAUUUUGAGUUUUGAUUUAUCAGAUAAAUAUAUCAUUAGAUUACAUGUCAUCUUUUGGUUCCUUUUUGUUAUAUUAUACUCAUAGUCCUUAAGAUAUAUUAUGCUAUAUAAAUGGUAUUAAAACUA